AUGCGGAGGGAGGACAAUCAAGAUUGGACUUCGAAAUUUUCAUGGUUCUUGCCCUCUCGUGCUCGGCCGGAUGCGAUUCCGAGGAAGGAAUGGGCUCGAAAAGUGGAAGAAGAACAAGAGAAGGUCAGGUCGUUCAACUUGGAGCUGGAGGAGGAGAUGAAGCAGUGGAGGAAAGCGCGGAAUGCGCAUGAGGAUGCUGAAGAUGAGAGAGUGGAGGCCGUGGAGGCCAAAUUGAAGUUGUGGGAAGAGUCGGAGGCCGAAAGGCGCCGACAGCUCGAAGCGUGGUGGACAGAGGAGCAGCGGAAAAAGGGAAGAGGACGAGGCGAGGAGAAGGGAGAAAGGAAAAGGGAAGGACGUGAGUGUCGCCCCGAGUGGAUCCGGCGAGAACGAUGA